CUUCCGCCUUCGUUUGAGGCUUCGCGCCUCAACUUCGUUUAUUUUUGUUAGGCAAAAUUUGAUAUAACCACGGACCAUGUAAGAGCAUGGAGCUAAGCGAGAAAACCAAACAAUGUUUAGAUAAGGUAAAAUGCAUUGUAUAUUUAUAUAAUAAUAUAUAUGUUCAGUAAUAAAGACACUAUUAGUUAUUAUGAUCACCAGUAAAGAGCUGCAAUGCUCAAUUUAAAGCUAGCUUCAGAUCUUCAGUGUCAUAUAUUUGUUGUUUUGGAACUGUGAAAAGGACUGCAGUUAUAGACAUUUUUUUCACAGAAGAUAUUUUGACAUGUCACAGUUGGAAAAGGUAUAACUCGAUUUUGGCCACCUGUCGAGUUCAUACUCCAAACAAAUAGGGGGCAGCACAACACUAGAGUAAGCACUAACUGUUGCUAACUGUAGCUGUUGUUGGUUUAGCUGUCCUAGUUUCGUGGGGAAUUGUGCUGCAUAUUGGUUUGCUGCCACACUGUGGUCCUGGCUUACUUGGACACUUGAAUAAAAAAAAAUCUUUAAUGUUAUUAAUAACACUUGUGCUUUUCCUUCGAUGACAAGUCAAAAUGUCAAUGUCAGAUUGAGUGCUGCCUACCCUUUCUUCCUCCCCUGCAUAGCAAAACUGUUUAAAAAUCAGAGGUCUGUUUCUUAUCAGUACCUACUACACACAUUUCAGAAGCAGUGAAUAACACUUAGAGUAGAGGCAGUAAACAAAAAUGUGGUCAGUUAGUAGAAAUGUAUGCAGGGAUGUGAGAACCUUCCUUGUUUCUGCUGUUUUUAUCAGUUAUUUAUUUAAACGAUUAUUUAAUUUUAUUCAUAUUUUCUUGAAUCAGUCUUUUUCGUGAGUCAUGGGAGUGCUUGUAGGCCAUGGCUGAACAAGUUGCAACAAUUAAUUAGAUCUACAACAUGUUUUAUCAUAUAGGUUACUGUUGCAAAGUUCUUCUUUUGAAUAAUAUGCAAACUUCAGGACAAAACACAUGGAAUUGUCGCUAUUAUUCAUUGUACAAAGGAAUUGUUCCUUUUGUAAACGUAUUUAUAAAGUCAGUAUUUACGGAGUAUAGUAUUUUGUGUAGGCCUGUGUGUGUGUGUCUAGAGGUCUAGAGUCAGAUGAUAGCUUUUAUCCUGUGGUCAGGUGAACAGUUGACUCUCCUUACCUGCUGGAAUGCUCUCUCUCUCUAUUUCACACACACACACACACACACACACACACACACACACACACAUAUAAAAGGCUUCAGUCUGUGGUCCUGCUCUCUCACUCAGAAUGAGAGAAUCAUUUAUCAGGACUUCUAUUCAUUCAGGUUCUGCUUUUCCAGUCAAAACAAAUGUGACAGUUUUGAAUAACUUUCUAAAAAGUUCCUAGUUUUGGUCCGACUUGCAGCAAAAUGUCAGGGGACUCUCUGGUAGGUGGCUCCUUUGUGGUAGCAGACUAUUUGGUGUUUGCUCUCAUGCUUGUGCUGUCCGCUGCCGUCGGAGUCUACUAUGCCUGGGCGGACAGGGGCCAGCGAAACUCAGGGGACUUCCUAAUGGGGGGUCGAAGAAUGACAGCCCUGCCUGUCUCCAUGUCCCUGACUGCCAGCUUCAUGUCCGCCAUCACAGUGCUGUCCAACCCAGCCGAGGUAUACCGCUAUGGAGCCAAUAUUGGAUUUUAUGGUCUCUCCUAUGUUAUGACUAUGGUGGUCGUAUCUGAGGUCUUCCUCCCAGUCUUUUACAGGCUGGCCAUCACCAGCACAUAUGAUUACCUGGAGCUGCGUUUCAGCAGAGCAACCCGUCUGCUGGGAACUUUGCUCUUCAUUGUUCAGACAAUCCUCUACACUGGAAUCGUCAUUUACGCCCCAGCUCUUGCUUUAAACCAAGUAACUGGUAUGGAUCUGUGGGGUGCGGUUAUUUCCACGGGCGUGGUCUGCACCUUUUACUGCACGAUGGGUGGUCUGAGGGCGGUGGUGUGGACAGAUGUGUUUCAGCUUGGUGUCAUGCUUGCAGGCUUCCUGUCUGUCAUCAUCAGGUCUGUGGUCUUACAAGGGGGUGUCCUCCCCAUCAUCUCAGAUUCACAACAAGGAGGGAGACUCAACUUUUGGGACUUUGACACGAACCCUCUGAGGAGACACACUUUUUGGACCAUAACCAUUGGAGGGACAUUUGUCUGGGUCAGUAUCUAUGGGAUCAACCAGGCCCAGGUUCAGAGAUACAUCUCCUGCAAGAGCAUCACUCAUGCCAGACUAUCUCUGUACAUCAACCUGUUAGGCCUGUUGUCCAUCUUGCUGUGCUCAGUGUUUGCAGGAAUGUGCCUCUUCUCAGUCUAUAAGAACUGUGACCCAUGGACAGCUGGACUGGUUUCUGCUCCUGAUCAGUUGAUGCCAUAUUUGGUGAUGGACAUCUUGGGAGACUAUCCUGGCCUUCCUGGAUUGUUUGUUGCAGCUGCGUAUAGUGGAUCUCUAAGCACAGUGUCUUCCAGCAUCAAUGCACUGGCUGCAGUGACAGUAGAGGACCUGAUCAAACCAUACACUAACAUGUCUGAGAAACACCUGUCCUGGACCUCAAAAGGACUGAGCGUCUUGUAUGGGGUUUUAUGUAUUGGAAUGGCUGGACUGGCUUCACUCAUGGGAGGGAUCUUGCAGGCGGUCAUCAGUAUAUUUGGGAUCGUUGGAGGCCCUUUACUUGGCCUGUUUACGUUGGGUAUCAUCUGUCCAUUUGCCAACUCCAAAGGAGCUUUAACAGGUCUUGUAUCAGGGUUGGUUGUGUCUCUGUGGGUGGGCAUCGGAGCCCAGAUAUACCCUCCCCCUCCUGAGAUGAGCCGACCUCUGUCCCUGACCACUGAGGGAUGUAACUUCACCGCUACAGAAAGCCUCAAUUGGACCUCCACUGCUCUGCCAACACAGCUGACCUCCAUCACCACAGCCCCAGUGCACAACAUUGAUGGCAAGCCUCUGCUGGCAGAUACCUGGUACUCUCUGUCCUAUCUUUACUUCAGUCCUAUUGGAACCAUAAUAACUAUCAGUGUGGGACUAUUAGUCAGUCUGUUUACAGGAGGCCGGAAGCUGAAGGUUGAAUCGAGGCUUACAUUAAUGAAAGAAGACAUAACUUUUUAUCACCUAUUCAGGUUUUUUAAAGAGAGAGUCAUGGGACGAACAGGAAAGCUUGACCUAACAAGGGACAGAGAGAAGACACUGGGCAACACUAAUCCCACUUUCUGUGACGUUGAGCUGGACUCAGCAAAAAGGAGCAUCCCCACAUGAAAUUUAACUGUUUGUUGUAUAAUUUCUGUAUUAAAUCAUGGUUUUUUUCUAUGGUGUAAUACAAGAAAUGUCAAUGAAGGAGAAAAAUGGCGUGCGUAUCUAUAAUUUGUUGGCGCCCGUUGGCCACAUCUGGUCCAGAAACAACCUCCGUGUGGGCCAGCAUACACAUAUCUAAUAUAAAAAAACAUGUUACACUAAAACAUCUGUUUAAUUUAUUAUCACUCUGCAGCCCCACACUCAUGCACACAUAAACGUGGAGUGAAGUCACGGAGCAAAUCUGGAGAUUACUCAGAUUGACUCAUUACUGUUAGCAAGUGCAAUAAAGCCUUCACAAGUAAAAAGCCAAUACUUAAUCAAUACACCUGUUUAAUAAGCAUGAACAUAUAGACAGCAAUAGUUUAAUUUGCUCAGUCUCUCAUCCAUCGCAGCUGUGUUUUGGUUUUACACAAGCACAGCGUGCUAGCUAAUGGAGAAUUGUUUCAAACAAGCUAAAAUGAAAGCUGCCUGUAGUCUAACUGUUUAGCAUGGUUUGCUACACGUCUUACAAUUUCGCAAGUCCUUGUAAACAUAGCUGCUGACUGAGACAAACGGACUCUUUCUAAACUUCACACAUUAUUUUAAAGUCAGGAAUGUGAUUUAUUUUGAUGUUUUAGAUUUGUUUCCAGAGAGAUAUUAUCCUGGGUUUAUAUAGUGACGUUGCUGUUGUAAAUACUGUUUUCUGCUCUAGAAAUCACAUUUAGUUAUUAUCAAAUAUUCAAUUAUAAUCCUGUUCUGAAAUUUUUUAAAUGAUGA